AUGCAAGGAACAAAAAAACGAAUAACCACACCAUUGAUCAAGGUAAAGAUGAUAUUAGAAGAGAUGUUAGAAGUAAACGGAACAUAUGACCCAGCACCAGUAACUCUGGCAUUCAAGAAAGAUGAGAACAAACGAUCACGAUUGUGUAUAGAUUUUCGUGAAUUAAACAAGAUAGUUACACCACAAGCUCAACCAUUUCCAUUAAUAGAAGAUUUAAUAUUAAAAGCAAGAAACUUAUCAUUUGAAGAACACAUAGAACACAUAGAAAGAGUAAUGAAGGCAAUAGUAAACGAAGGUUUCAGACUAAAAUUUAAAAAAUGUACAUUUGCAACAGAAUCAGUGAAAUAUCUUGGACACAUAAUAAAGCACAAUACAGUAAGACCAGUAAAGGAUAAUUUAAUUUCAAUACGAAAUUUUCCUACUCCAAAAACUCAAAAGAACAUUAGACAAUUUCUUGGAAAAAUAAACUUUUAUCACGAAUACAUACCGAAAAGCUCAAUACUACUAGAUCCAUUACAUAGACUGUUAAGGAAAAAUGAAAAGUUCAUAUGGUCUGAAGAGUGUGAGAAAUCCUUCAAAGGUAUAAAAAAUCUACUAUGCUCUCAACCAGUGUUGCAAAUAUUUGACAGGAAUUUACCAAUAAGAAUUUACACGGAUGCAUCACUGGAAGGCAUUGGUGCGAUAUUUAAGCAAGUACAGAGUGAUGGUAAAGAAAAGCCAGUAGCAUACUUUUCGAAAAAGUUAAAUGAUUCACAAAAGAGAAAAAAGGCAAUUUACUUAGAAUGCCUGGCAAUCAAGGAAGUGGUAAAAUAUUGGCAACAUUGGUUGAUUGGAAGAAAAUUCACGAUAUUCACAGACCAUAAACCAUUAGAAGGCAUCAAACAAUUGAUAAGCAGGAUAUCUCCUUAUUACACAGCUAAAGGAAUAACGGCAAAUAUAAAAAAAGUUUGCCAAAACUGCGAAAUAUGCAUUAAGAACAAAUUCAGGGGGCAAGGAAAAUAUGGACGGAUGUCACAACUAGGACCGGCAACGAAACCGUUCGAAAUCAUGUCAAUAGAUACCAUCGGAGGCUUCGGAGGACAAAGAUCAACAAAAAAAUACCUUCAUCUACUGGUGGAUCAUUUUACAAGAUACGUGUUCAUGAGAACAUCAAAAACCCAGAGUGCAACAGAUUUCAUCAAGCUGAUAAGUGGAAUACUAGAAACCGACAAAAUAGGAGUGAUACUCGCAGAUCAAUACCCGGGAAUAAACUCAAAAGAAUUUAGGGAAUUUCUCAUAAAAAAGGAUACGAAACUGAUUUUUACGGCUGUCAAUGCGCCCUUUUCCAACGGGAAACAGAAACAAGAAACCGGAUUCUUCCACAUAACAAAACUACUUCCGAUAUCAGAAGAUGGAGAAGAGGACUAA